AUGAACGAUCAAACCUACGACGGGGAAAGUGAGAGCAAUCCGGCGGAAAAAUUGCGAGCCAAGCAAGAAAAAAGGAAUAUGAGAAAAGCACAAAAAAAGGCGGCCAAAAAUUCCGGCGGCUCUUCAACGGAAAUAUCUCCCGCCUCCGCAGCAGCUAAACAGGCAGAAUUACAAGAAAAAGUUAGAAUGCUGGUUAACCAAUUGGCUAUACGUGAAGCGAUCCAACCUUCUAUUAACAGUAAUUCACAGAAAGUGAAAGACAUGAGCUCUCACAAAUUCUGGAGCACACAACCUGUUCCAAAGCACGGUGAGAUCAUCGAGGAAGAUGGCCCCAUAGAGGAGAACACUCCAUAUGACCAAAUUCGGAAGGAACCAUAUACAUUACCAAAAGAAUUUGAGUGGUCAACUUUAGAACUAAAUAACGAAAACGAGCUAAACGAGCUCUACACCCUUUUGACAAACAAUUAUGUUGAAGAUGACGAUGCAAUGUUCCGCUUUGACUACUCCGGUGAAUUUUUGAAGUGGGCUCUUCAACCACCGGGAUAUAAGAAAAUAUGGCACGUAGGUGUUCGCGUUAGUGCCACCAAACGUCUUGUUGCAUUUGUUAGCGGUAUUCCGGCCGACAUUCGGAUUUACGAGUCUAAAAGAUUGGCGCCCGUCUUGAUCAAAGAGGUUACGAGACGCUCCCAUCUUGAGGGGAUAUUUCAAGCAGUUUACACGGCAGGUGUUGUUCUACCAAAACCUAUUUCUAAAGCACGGUAUUAUCAUCGUUCACUUAAUCCAAAAAAGUUGAUCGAUACAAAAUUUUCAGCUUUACCAUCCAAUACCCCGAUGUCGCGUCACAUUAAAAAGUAUAAGCUGCCGUCGGAGACCAGUACUCCUGGAAUUAGACCAAUGUUGGAAAAAGACGUUUCUCAGGUCAGAGAGCUACUAAAUGCCUAUAUGGAGAAAUUUAAUUUUGUCGCAGUUUUCAAGACGGAUGAAGAUAUCAAACAUUGGAUUCUAACCAAGGAAAAUGUUGUCUGGUCUUAUGUUGUGGAGGUGAAUCCCGAAACAAAAAAAAUUACAGAUUUUGUUUCUUUUUAUUAUUUACCCUCAUCCGUUAUUGGUAAUCCAAUUCACAAAACUGUCAAUGCCGUAUACCUGUUCUAUUACGCUGUCCAAGAAUCCGAGGAGAAGGCGAUAAAGAGUAGACUGCAGUCUUUGAUGAAGGAUGCGUUGAUUUUGGCGAAAUCGAAAAAUAUGGAUGUAUUUAAUUGCCUUGAUAUUUUGGAAAACAAAUUUUUCAUUGAGGACCUUAGAUUCGGUCCUGGUGAUGGAUAUUUGAAUUAUUACAUGUACAAUUGGCGUUGUAGGGAGAUGGGUAGUGAAAAUGUUG